CCUUCCCACUGACCAAUGUGCUGCCAGAGUUUAGAGGAUGCUGAGCUCUGAUUGGCCGGGAGCUGUGCUGCAGCAGGUGGGUGUUCCUGCAGCAGCUGAGUCUGGUCAAGACCAGAGGAGCAGAAGGAGCCCAGAGUUCUGGUUCAGGACUUUGUUGAUGGUUGAAGAGACUCUGAGCUGAAGUUCAUCUGGGUCAUGGAUCCUGAUUUCUCCUCUUCUGACAUGUGGUGGGGGACUCUCGGUACCGUCCGGCCGUUCUCCAACUUCCAUCCUGAGAGAGAUGUGCAGGAGAUCCAGGCGGCGCUGGAGAGGAAAGACGCGGUGACGCUGGUGAGGAUUCUGACCAAUCGCAGCAACGCCCAGAGACAAGUCAUCGCCCAGAGCUUUGAGGAGCAAACAAAGCAGGACCUGAGUGCAGCUCUGAAGAAGGCUCUAUCUGGAGACCUGGAGGACCUUCUGCUGCAGCUGAUGAUGCUCCCAGACCAGCUGGAGGCCCACCGGCUGAAGGAUGCCAUGGCGGGUUUGGGCACCGAUGAGGAAACACUGCUGGAGAUUCUGUGCACCCGCUCUGGAAGGAGGCUGCAGGAGGUCAGCGCCGUCUACAAACGGCUUUAUAAGAAGGAUCUGGAGAAGGAGCUGAAAGCAGAGACCAGCGGAGACUUUGCUAAACUGGUUGUGGCGCUGCUGAAUAAGGGUGUUUCUACAGGAGGUGUUCAGAGAGACGUUCAGGCUCUCGCUGCAUCUCUGAGUGGGAAAAAAGCCGAAGCAGGUCCUUGGAUCAACAUCCUGACAUCCAGAGACUCUGGUCACCUGAAGAAAGUGCUGAUGGAGCUGGAACUGGAGACCGGCCAGAUGGUGGAUCAGACGGUGGAGAAACGCUUCUCGGGGGACUUUAGACUCGGUCUGCGGGUUCUGGUUCAGUGCAUCCAGAACCCGGAGGUCUACCUUGCCCAGAGGCUGGUCACCAUGAAGACCUCAUUGGUUCACGGCAUCAUGGUGUCCCACAGUGAGGAGGACCUGCUGGCCAUCAGAGCCGCCUUCCUCAGACUCAGCGGAUCUUCUCUGUUCUCUGCUCUGCAGAACCAUUUUAAAGGACAGCAUCUGCAGGCUCUGCAGGCCGUCUGUCGGUCUGAAGACUGAUCUGAAUCUGCUGCAACAAGGAACCAGUUUAUUCACAUUUUACAGCCACUUUCUGACUCUUAUCUGUAACUUCUACGUUUAGUUUCUGCUGCGUAACACCAGGAUCCCACAUGAAGCCGGAUUACAUUCACACCUGAUAUCAUUCAGUCUGAAA